CACCAUGUCUACCCAAAAGGAUUCACAAAGCAUGACUUUGGACUCUUCUACAACCUCUUCACACUCUAGGGUAGUGUCCCGUCAUCCCCAUAAUUCCUCUGCUUCUCUUACUACAAACACCGAUACAAGACUAAGUCAUACAAUUACCAAAGACAACGAUAAGGACAAAGAAAAGGACAAAGAAAAGGACAGGAGCAAACCCACUACAAAGAAUGAUACUGCAUCUUCAUCAUCUUCAUCCUCAAGCGCAUACAUACGUGUCAUACUCCUUUCGGCUUUGGCACUCCUCAUUUCUGGUUAUUCAAUAUCAUUAUUAGCAUCAUCUUCAUCGUCCAUAUCAUAUUUUACUGGUCUGUCACCGAUCGAUCAACUGCUCCGGUCCUUUAAACCAAUCUUUGAUACGUUUUCAUCCUCAGGUCAUACCAACAAUCAACCCAAUGGCAAGGAUGGCGGUAGUCAUAGUAAAAGUAAUAGUAAUAGCAAAGGUGAUAGUCAUGUCGAUGGUAGAAACCGUCAGAAAAACGCGUCAAAAACAAAACCGAAAACAACGCCGUUUGGCAUACCUCUUUCUGAGCUCUAUCCACCCUCAUCGCCUUUGUAUACACUUCGGAAACAGCAAAGUGAACGACAAGAAAAGCAAAAACUUCAACAAGAACAACGACAACGACGUCAUCAAAAACGAUCACGAUCACCUUUUAGCGAUUUCUUUGGAACAAGUCACGAGGAUGAGGAGGAUGACGAUGUUCAAGGAGAUGGUGACGGUGUUGAUGUUAAUGAUCCAACAUGGACAAGCAAUGGAGAAGCGUGUCGAGGAUAUUACUGUGGUGAUACAAAUGUGUGUGUUGGCAAGCCAGUGGAUUGUCCAUGUCCUUAUCCGAAUGACAGCAAAUGCUUUAGGGGCGCAUGGUAUGUGUGCUAUAGAGGAGAGCACCCAUGUUAAAAAUAAGCUUUUUAAAAAUAAAACAACUUUAUUUCAAAGG